AUGGCACCAAGCAGUUGGCGUGGGGAGAAGGAGCAGCCGUCCCCGAGCAGCAAACACAUCCCCGAGCUGCCCAUGGAGCUCUUUGAGACCAAUCCUUACUUCUUCCCGGAGCAGAGGUUUUACGAUGGGGAAAGCUUCCUGGGCUCCCGUUUACAGGGCUACGAGCCGGCGGCAUUCCCGGAGCGAGCGGACGUGUCCCUGUGUCCUGAGGGAAGGGUGGCUCUGGAGGAGAAGGACUCAUCCCUGCCCGAGCAUUGCCCCGGGCAAUGCCUGCCUUGGGCUUGCAAGGUCUGCAAGAGGAAGACGGUGUCCAUGGACCGGCGGAGAGCGGCCACGCUGCGGGAGAAGCGCCGGCUGAAGAAGGUGAAUGAAGCCUUCGAGGCGCUGAAGCGAAGCACCCUCCUGAACCCCAACCAGCGCCUGCCCAAGGUGGAGAUCCUGCGCAGCGCCAUCCAGUACAUCGAGCGCCUGCAGAGCCUGCUCAGCACCCUCAACCAGCAGGAGCGGGAGCAGAGGGAUCUGCGCUUCCAUCCCGCUGCUGCCCAGCCUGGGGUGGGCAGUGAGUGUGGAUCUGGGAGCUCAUCCUGCAGCCCCGAGUGGAGCAGCCAGCUGGAGUUCAGCACCAACCCUGCAGAUCACCUCCUGGCUGAUGACACAGCAGAGGACCGCAACCUCCACUCCCUCUCCUCCAUUGUGGAGAGCAUCGCUGUGGAGGACGUGGCUGUGACGUUCCAGGAGGAGCAGGUCCAAAACUGA